AUGAACAGGGUCAAAAAAAUCAACACCACCAAAUCUUCCGACAGAAGACUAGCCGGAAGCAGACAGGCUGCCCAAUUCCUCCACAGCUCGUUCAAACCCACCACCAAGAUCGUACCUGCCGACAAGGUGCCUAUUUCGUCAGAAAAAACCGUCAAGAGAAAGGGUGGUGGCAAGACUUGGGAGGAUAGCUCGCUCUUGGAGUGGGACCCCGCCCAUUUUAGGUUGUUUGUGGGCAAUCUUGGGCCAGAUGCCAAUGACCAGUUGUUGGCCGGUGCUUUUGGCAAGUAUGCCACCAUGAGCAAAGUCAAGGUGCCGUUGGACAACAAGACAGGCAAGAAUAAGGGCUAUGGGUUCGUGGCUUUUUCCAGUGCCGAUGACUACUUCAAGGCAUUCAAGGAGAUGAACGGAAAGUACAUCGGGUUGCAUCCAGUGCAGUUGAAGCGAGCAGAGACCAAGAUCAAGGCUGUUAAAAAGAAGUAA